GCGCGCGGGAGACCCUGGCUUGCCCGGCGGAGGCUGGGCGCGCGCGGAUGCGGGGGACCCGGGCAGCCGGAGCGGACCCCAGCGAGGACCAGGCGCCCGGGCAUGGAAGCGGCAGCCCCAUGGAGGGGGAGGAGGAGGCGGCCGCCCGGGCCCACCCGGCUUCUCCGUCGGGCGAGAGGCCCUUCCCGUUCCCCGCCUGGGAGGAGAGCUCGGGCGACGAGAACGUCUUGGUCAUCCACAGCCAGGUGGAGGAGGAGGAGCACAAGUGCCUGCUGUGCGGGGAGGUCUUCGGCCAGCCCCUGAGCCUCCUGCGCCACCAGAAGCAGCAGCACGCCGGGGAGCGGACCUUCGUGUGCCCCGAGUGCGGCCGGGGCUUCAGCCUCAAGCACAACCUCAUCAUCCACCAGAGGAUCCACACCGGCGAGAAGCCCUUCGGCUGCGGCGUCUGCGGGAAGCGCUUCAGCCUCAAGCAGAACCUGCUCACCCACCAGCGGGUCCAUGGGGGCCAGCGGCCCUUUGCCUGCCCCGCCUGCGGCAAGGGCUUCCGGGAGCAGCGGCUGCUCCUGGCCCACCAGAAGGGGGCGUGUGGCGGGGGCGGGGGCACGGCCGCCCAGGAGAAGCAGGGGCCCCCCGGCCCCCCGCGGAUGCAAACCCGGGGGAGGCCCCGGGCGGCCGGCGAGCGCGGGGAGGGCUUCAGGCAGCAGCAGCAGCAGCAGCAGCAGCGCCCCUUGAGGGUGAAGCCCCAGAAGCCCCACCCGAACGGGGCCGCCUUCGCGUGCCGGGAGUGCGGGCAAGCCUUCGUCGGCAAGAGCGGCCUGGCCAGCCACCAGCGGAUGCACCGGGCCGAGCGGCCGCUGCAGGCCGGCGAGGGCGGCAGGAGGUGCUUCGGCGGCCCGCAAGAGGCCGGCCCGCAAGGCCCAAACCAGAGACUCCACGGGGGAGAAGCCCCCUUCCAGUGCCUGACCUGCGGGAAGAACUUUGCCCAGAAGGACAAUCUGGCCGCACAUCGGAGAAGCCACCUGCACCAGGAGACGCUCAGCUGA